AGCACCACUAACCCAAGCUCCGAGAGCUCUUCACCGGACCUGCACAUCGGCAGAGUUCCCACGCACCAUGGGCACCGGCCUGCUGUAAGAUGACCACCCCCAGCAACCGCGACCAGGUGGUCCUUUCUAACAGCGCACACCCAGAUGAGUACAAGAUCGCGGCCCUGGUCUUCUACAGCUGCAUCUUCCUGAUUGGAUUAUUUGUUAAUGUCACCGCACUAUGGGUUUUCAGCUGUACGACCAAGAAAAGAACCACCGUGACUGUCUACAUGAUGAACGUCGCGCUGCUGGACUUAAUAUUUAUCCUAAGUCUACCCUUUCGGAUGUUUUACUAUGCAAAAGGUGAAUGGCCAUUCGGGGAGUACUUCUGCCACAUUCUUGGGGCCCUGGUGGUGUUUUACCCGAGCAUGGCUCUGUGGCUUCUGGCUUUCAUCAGUGCUGACAGGUACAUGGCCAUAGUACAGCCAAAAUACGCCAAGGAACUGAAGAACACCUGCAAGGCUGUGCUGGCCUGUGUGGGGGUCUGGAUAAUGACCCUGACCACCACUGUCCCUCUGCUCCUGCUCUACGAAGACCCCGACAAAGCCUCCUCGCCUGCCACCUGCCUGAAGAUUUCGGACAUCAUCCACUUAAAAGCCGUCAACGUGCUCAACUUCACCCGGCUCGUGUUCUUCUUCCUGAUCCCGCUGUUCAUCAUGAUCGGGUGCUAUGUGGUCAUCACCCACAGCCUCCUGCGAGGGCAGACGUCCAAGCUGACGCCCAAGGUGAAGGAGAAGUCCAUCCGGAUCAUCAUCACCCUGCUGGUGCAGGUGCUCAUCUGCUUCGUGCCCUUCCACAUCUGCUUCGCCUUCCUGAUGCUGGGCGGGGAGGGAAACAGCUACAGCCCCUGGGGCGCCUUCACCACCUUCCUCAUGAACCUCAGCACCUGCCUGGACGUUGUCCUCUACUACAUUGUCUCCAAGCAGUUCCAGGCUCGGGUCAUCAGCGUCAUGCUGUACCGCAAUUACCUCCGCAGUGUGCGCAGGAAAAGCUUCCGAUCCGGCAGCUUACGGUCACUUAGCAAUGUGAACAGUGAAAUGCUAUGA